AGCCGAGGGCGGCCGUGAUGCUGCAGUGAGGUGCGAGCAGCCGGCCCUGCUGCUCUCCCUCCCAGACCCCUCCAGCGCCGGCCGGCCGGCCGCAGGGAAAGCCACCAUGGCUCGUGACUUGCCCGGAGGCCACUUCCUCUAGCAAGAGAUCCCCGGAAAAGUUGCAUUGGCGAAGAUCCUUGUGGCUGACCUCUGGGGCCGUGGCGGGGGGCUCCCCAGCCGCGCGUGUGCGAGCUGGAAAGCCAGAGGUGCGUGUGUGUGCAUGGGGCGCCGGCCGCGGGGCUGCCCUCCUCGGCCACUUCCCCCGGCGUUGGGCUGAGGCUCCAACCACAGACCCUGGGUCGCCAAGGCUGCGAUGAGCCCUUGCGGGCGGGCCCGACACACGUCUAGAGGGGCCAUGGCCGUGCUGGCGUGGAAGUUCCCGCGUACCCGGCUCCCGGUGGGAGCCAGUGCCCUCUGCGUGGUGGUCCUCUGUUGGCUGUACGUCUUCCCUGUCUACCGGCUGCCCAACGAGAAGGAGAUUGUGCAAGGAGUGCUGGCGCAGCGCGCGGCGUGGAGGAGGAACCAGACCGCAGCCAGGCUCUUCAGGAAACAAAUGGAAGACUGUUGCGAUCCUGCCCAUCUCUUUGCCAUGACUAAGAUGAAUUCCCCCAUGGGGAAGAGCCUGUGGUACGACGGGGAGUUUUUAUACUCAUUCACCAUCGACAAUUCCACGUACUCCCUCUUCCCUCAGGCAACCCCCUUCCAGCUGCCAUUGAAGAAAUGUGCGGUGGUGGGAAACGGUGGGAUUCUGAAGAUGAGUGGCUGUGGCCGUCAAAUAGAUGAAGCAAAUUUUGUCAUGCGAUGCAAUCUUCCUCCCUUGUCAAGUGAGUACACCAGGGACGUCGGCUCCAAGACUCAGCUGGUGACAGCUAAUCCCAGCAUAAUUCGCCAGAGAUUUCAAAACCUGCUGUGGUCGAGAAAGACAUUUGUGGACAACAUGAAGAUCUAUAACCACAGCUACAUUUACAUGCCUGCUUUUUCUAUGAAGACGGGAACAGAGCCAUCUCUCCGUGUGUAUUACACGCUGAAAGAUGUUGGUGCCAACCAAACAGUGCUUUUUGCCAACCCCAACUUUCUGCGGAGCAUUGGAAAGUUCUGGAAGAGUAGGGGCAUCCAUGCCAAGCGCCUGUCUACAGGACUCUUUCUGGUGAGUGCAGCGCUGGGCCUGUGUGAAGAGGUUGCCAUCUAUGGCUUCUGGCCCUUCUCUGUGAACAUGCACGAGGAACCCAUCAGUCACCACUACUAUGACAACGUCUUGCCCUUCUCAGGCUUCCAUGCCAUGCCCGAGGAAUUCCUCCAGCUUUGGUACCUUCACAAAACUGGUGCACUGCGGAUGCAGCUGGAUCCGUGCGAGGGGCCAUCACUCCAGCCCACUUCCUAGGGACUGCAGAGGAGGAGAGGACCGGACGGGUAUUUUUGCUAGCUUUUUUAUGUAUGCGACUUCCAAAAGGAACUGCCAAAGUGUGUCUUGGAUUGGCAUGAUAGGAAGCAAACAGAAACCCAAGCAGAACCUCAAUUUUGACACUGGCUUGGAGAACCGUAAGAUAGAAAAUGUUCUGGGGAAUGUUUUUAUAACGUGUUGUGGAUUUGCAGCCAGAACAACACCAAGAGAUGAUGCUGGCAGAAGAUAGGAUCCAAGGACCGGAUGAAUGCUAGCUGCUGAGGCCGAGGGGCUCAUCAUGCAGUGUGUGGGGGAUGCUGACUUAGUAGACACUGGCAGCGUAACCAUUUUAAAAGACCUGUCUUAUUGAGACUGGCGUCAGAACUAUAGGUUUUAAAAAUUAUUAUUUAUUUUUGCCCUGUGUAGGGCUGUGGGUGGGUGGUGGUAUAGGCUUACAAAAUUCUUCCUGCUGAUUAUUGGGAUUUGUUAAAACAAGUCCGUGUUAACUACAGUUUCUUCCACUAGUGCAGUUUUAAGUAAGAAUCGCUUCCUGCCUUUUUUUUUUUUUUUUUUUUUUUUGGUUAAGUGUACUUAGCACGAAGCUCUGUCGAGUUUAGACUGUGUUGAUUCAUAGUCUAGAUAACAUGAGCCACUUGUCUCCUCGGAAGUUGAGAGAGAAACUUGAUUUUAGAGAAACUCAUGCCAUUGGCUCUGUUGCUAUUAUUUUUACAAAAUCACUAGACAUGCAAGUACAAAGUGGCAAAGGUAUCUUCAUCAUUUAGUGAGAGGUGAAGUAGCUCACUCAGAGCCCAGAAGGCAGGGCCCUUUCUGUCUCCAACAUGAACGUUUCCAUUCAAGAUAACUCAUAUGUGCAUACAUGUGAGUAUUUCCUCUCAAGAUCAUGUAUGUGUGUGUACACAUGAAUACAGACACCUACACUCUGACACACUCCACGAAGUGAUCAGAGACUAGUGUGUCAGUCCUGAGUGUGAAUGGCCUGGUGUCUGUAAUCAGGGUUAGAAAGGUGCAGAGAUAGAGGACGGAACCCAUUCCACGUUGGCGGAAGUCCAGCUGCCAUAGCAGUUCUGCAUGCCAGCACAGGGCGCAAGGCUCACCCUUCAAUGCGCAGUCCAGAGUGAGAGCUACUCUUAAUCAUACUGCCUCCUUCCACCCCAAAUUUCACGAAUGGGGCCUGCAUUGAGCAUAGUGAUAUAUAAUGUGGCUCAUGCAAGUAAGCAGGCAGGAGUCGCUGCGUGCUUGUUCCAGGUGGGCCUGUUAAUGCAACUUGCACAGCAUCUUUGGCACAGCAGGGGACCUCUACUGGCAGAUUCUGGCCAGUGUACUGUAGGUCAGGAGGCAAGCAGGGAGAGCUCUCAGGAGCUUUGUGCUUUGAGGUGUGUUAAGCUUCAAGAAACUGUAACGACUCAUUGUAUAGGUAAGCUUGACCCAUAUGCUCGACUUCAUCUUGAAGGUGGAAACAGUUUAUUGGCCAUGUCUAUGAGAAAUGGAGUCCUAAAAAGAGGGUUAACUCACAAGAUAACAAAGCCACUGAAGGGUAGCACAUUUGGAGUAGGGGAUUUCCAAAUGUGAUCAAAUAUUCAGGUUACUAUAGAAACAGCAUCUGAACGGAGGCUGGGUGGCACAAUGGUCCACAGGUCAUGCUGAUGUUUAGAGAGUUCAGAGUGUGGAAGUUCACCAGUGUGCAAAGCUGGCUUAGUGUCUCCGCCCGUGUGGCAGAAGCAGGCUAUCUGGAAGGCAGGGUGAGCUGGGUUAGUCCUGUCUGUGCAACCCUAAAUAUAAUUCCUGUUUUGAGCUACUGGUAUUGAAUAAUUAUCUAAGAAAGAAUACAUGUUUACCAAUAGGCUUCAUGAAAAGUGAAAAAGGGCUAAGAAAAGAACACAUGCAAAGGUUAAUUAAAUAUGCAUUCAGGUGAAUGUGUUAAUUUGUCAAAUCUAAACGAGAAACUCAUAAAAUCCACGCAUCACAGUUCACUGAGCAUGCUUUCUAGGAGUUCUAACCAACCCUCCACACAGAUACGGUUCCUGGAACAAGUUCCUGUAAUAGAUGUGUGUGUUUAGUCUAUACAAUUUUAAUGCUAUUCUGUAUGGCACCUGAAUUGCAGAACAGAAAUGGUCAACACUGUUGACUAGAUCUGUGCUUUUCUCCUAUGCCAUCAGCCUACACUGUUGCUAUGACCAAGAGUGCUGACUGUUUGCAGUAGGGGGGAGCCAUGGAUGGCGGUCCAGCAGUAGCAGGUCAGCCAAUUGCCACAGAAGGUGGAGGAACCCCAAGUUAGAGCAAAAGAGAAGUUUGAAUGUUUGUGUUACCUGGGACACAGGUAAAAUGCUCAUAUCACAAACAGCAUUGCUGUAACCUUUCGUUAUUUUCUAGUGACAAUCCACUGGUAUGUCAUAUAUGUAACUUUCUGUGUGUUUGGUUAGAUGAUGUAGCUAAGCAAGAGGUAGGUGUGUGUGUCUGUGUGUGUAGAGUGGUACCUGUCUGUCUGUGUGUGUGUGUGUGUAUUAGUGUCUGUGUUUCUGUGUAUGUAUAGCUUUUUGUGUUUGUUUAGCAUCAUUUUUAGUAAAAUAUGUGUUCCUAAGUAGAAACCACCCUAGAACCAUUCUGUAGAGCAUUCUAGAAUACUGUAUUACUCUUAAGAGAUUAGGUACUAUUCAAUUCUGCUUAUUGAAAUUAAUGUCUUCAGCUUUGGGCCUGGUCCAUUAUUUAAUAUAUCUGACCUUUAACUUUCUGCUCAGAAAGAAUUUGGCUCAUGAUGAAAAUGUUUAAUUUCAGAAAAUAUUUAAUUAAUUUCAGUGCAUUUGACAGGAGAUGAUACCUAACUCUACCAUCAAUUAAAUCAAUGCAUUAAGUAUCUCUCUCUCUCUCUCUCUCUCUCUCUCUCUCUCUCUCUCUCUCUCUCUCACACACACACACACACACACACACACACACACACAUUCGAAUGAAGACAGACAAAAACAAGAUUGCUUUAUGGAGGAAACUGCAAAUGAAUACCCAAAUAGGAAUUUUCAUUUUAGUCAACUGCAACUUGAAAAUGGCUUUGGUUUUCAUGCUCCUGAGUGAGAGUGGCCACUGUUUAAUUCUCAUCACGCUUCUGUAAAAUUAAGCUAGGUAAAGAGUAAGUAACCCUACCAGAAAGAAAGCCUUUGCCUGAAAGAUCACUUUACAAAAGAGGACUCUCAGACACAUACACUCACUACAAAGUGCCUUGCCAAAAGUGUAAAACACCAAAUUGUGUGUCGAAACUAGCUUGUUCAUGUUUAUCACUUUGACAAAGAAGGGCGGGCAAAGAGAGGCCCUCAGCCCUUAAACCUGCUGACGGCCCCUCAAAGGGCCUGAGUUCAGUUCCUGAUGCUCACUUACCGGCACACAGCUGCCUGUCACUCCACUUCCAGGGCAUCUGCUGUCCUCUUCUUGUCUCCGUGGAUACUACAUGUGCCAGCAGGAACACACACAUCCACAUAACAAAUAAACACGUCUUAACAAAGGCAGGGGACUACUUCGCUGAAACGGCAGUGUUCGGUGGCAUCCUCUGUGCUUUGCUGGGAAGCCGGCCAUCUAAGGUUUUCAUUCCUAUGUUUUAAAAUUCCAGCUUUGUGGAAUGUUUUUCACUGGCAAACCCUUGUCAGGAAGGAUCUAAUGAGAAAAUCAGUCACCAGUACAUGGAAGGGCCUUCACCUUAUAAACUCCACUUCCCUACCAGAAACAGGUAAAAUUACUUCCUGUCAAAAAGUCAGAGAUCAGGGUCUGUAGGCAGUCAUGUGAACACUUGAGGGCAAGUCUGAAGGACCCGAGUUUGAGGGCGCUGGAGUGUGUUCUUUCCUGCCCAGAGCACACAGAGGUCCGCCCUCAGAUCAUGAGCUCUAGGCAGCCCACAUCAGGGGUGGAGGUGAGUUAGCAAAUUCACAAUGCCUGCAGCCCCGAUCAAGCGUCUAACUGAGUCAGUAGUAAAUGACCUUAGACAUUCUGGAAACUUAAUUCUGUUCUGUGCUCAGGAGAGGAAGAGGCAAGGUAAAAAUGGUGAGACCCUAGUUCCCAAACUCUCAGCAUCCAAGGGGUCAAAGAGGUCUAUUCAUUUGUCCUCGAUGUCUCUCUACCACCUAUCUCUGCCCUACCCCAGCAGCUGGCUUCCAUGGAGGGCUGAGCUAGUAGCCUUGUGACUACAGAGGUCUUGGCAUGAAAAUUUGCUGAGAGUUUGUAAUUUUGAAUCACCGAAAAUGUUUUGCUUUGAUUUUGGCUAAGCUUGCACUUGCUAGUUUUAUGUGUCCCAUGGCAGAGUCUGGUCACCUUGACCCAGUUGUGGCCAUGCAUAUGGUCAUGAGGAGCAGAGUUCUUUUCUUUGUGUACAUGGAUGGACUUUCUGAGUCCCUGGAGAUAUGGAGAUAGCAAAUACCCCAUAGUUUCUGUGUUGUGUCUUUGGAAGCAUGGAAUGUUGGAGUCGAGAAUGUGUCUGUAAACUUCUAAAUGGGAGGGCACAAGAUUUAGUCUCAGUCCCACACAACGCCUGUUUUAUAAGUAGACACACACACACACAGAGAGAGAGAGAGAGAGAGAGAGAGAGAGAGAGAGAGAGAGAGAGAGGAGAGAGAGGAGAGAAAAUAUGAAUAGUGUCUGCCUUAUUCUCAGCCUUAAUAUGACAUUUUCACACACAUCCCAGAGAUGAAUGAUUGAUACGCACACAUAUGAAUGGGAAGGUUAUUCAAAUUGCCUAACCUUGCUCAUUGCAACAAGGAAGGAAUAUGUUCCUGCUUCUUUGUUUGGGUUUUCUCUGUUUCCAGGAUUUGUAGCUUCUUCUGCCUUUAACACAGAAGAAUAACAUAUUGAAGCAAACUAUAGUAUUGUGAGCGUUUGAGACUAUCAGCCAAAGCUGUUGACUCACUUGUUAGAGCACAAGGAAUUAUAUUUUAUGGCUGCUCAUUUUUCUAAAUGGUCAGUCUCACUGUUGUGUUAAAAGCCUUCCUGGUUUUGCUUUUUAGUUGAAGCUGUUAAGAUUCAACCAAUGACCCAAAGUUGUCCAAGAGUUUUAUGGUGUAAUAUUCAAAUACAUCGACCAAGCUUUUUCCAGCUUCCAUGUAAUUAGACUUCCUCCAGGUAUCUGUCUCUUUCAAAUGUUUUAUGUAAUAACAAUAAAGACCAAGAGAUGUGACUUAGUCCACAUUCAGAAAAUUCAGGAUUUCUCUGUACAGGUAAAAGAAAUUAACAAAAAAGUACAAUAUAAAAAAGGUUUAACCAAAAUGAAAACUAAGAGAAAGUAGUGAUUCCCCCCCUCCGGAAAGGAUCUAUUGGGAGGGGUCUCAGCCUCACAGGUAGCUCAGCAGACACGAAGGAAGGGCUGUUGUCUUAGAAUGCUGUUGCAAGAAUGGAAUGGCUUCAAGACAACAGAAACAUGUUACUGUAUCAUCAUUAGGGCUAAGACGAAAAGAUGAAAGGUGAAGCCUGACCAUGGAUUUAAGGGUGUUGAAGGAAAGACUCAAAGCUGGUUCCUGUUUUCUCCUGUGGGUCUUGGCACCCCCAGGUUUCUGCCCUCUGUGGGCCCCUGGGUGCCUGAGCUGGUGAAGUAAGUAUCUACGUAUCCCUCUGCCACCUGCCUAUUUAGUCAUACUCUCAAGGUGAGUUAUAAUUUAGCUUUCCUGUCAGGAUGAUGCAGCAGUGAUGGGGAAUAUCACCUUGAUGUUGACCACUGGAUAUGGGCACCAUACAGUGGGCAUAGCAAGAGUUAGUGUCAACUUCCUGUCCCCAUGAUUCCCAACAGAGGCAAUGGCAAGUUAGAUUCAUUAUCCUUCAUGCCUUAGUUCAGUCUCAGUCUCUCUCCUGCUCUCCCUCUCUCUGUCCUUCCCUCUCUGUUUCCCCUUCCCUCCCUCUCUCCUAUCCCCCUCUCUCUUCUUCCUUAUGGUUUUUUAUGCCUAUGAAAAAUAGAAAAGUAACUGAUUUGGUAUUUUUGGGGAGUGGCAGAGGGUGCCUUAACUUUUCCUGGCUUGGCUCCCCACUUACAUAUUUCCUUCAUGUGUUUAUUACUUUGCAUGUGUUUCCAUGUCUGUCCAACUUGUACCUUUAUCAUCAGCAAGGACCUUUUUACAUGUAGCAAAUGGGACUGUUUUCAGACAUUCAUAAUAGUACAUAGGCCUUGGAGAAGUCUGAGGGUGGUGUGUAAAUACGCUUUGCUGCAUUGUGGAGCCCUUUUCUAUGGUCUUUUAAGUGAUAACCACAGAAUGAUAACUAGAGUUAGAAAUUCUUUUCUAGAAAAUUCCAGCAUUCAUGGAACCAAGUAGCCAGUCUAUCACUGUUUUUCAUUCUGUCUUUAGCACUGAUAAGUUCUCUCUCCACAGUUAGGAUGGCUGAUGGCUACCAUAGUGCUCUGUAGAGAUUUUACAUAUGAGGAGGGGAGAUAAAAGACAAUACAGCACACUAUUUUAAAGCCUGCUUCAUCUUAAAAAGUUCUCUCGUAUUACUAGACUUACAGCCACCAUGCAGCAUAGUUUGAUCUGCAAAAUAUUGGGGAAAUAUUUUUACCUUUGGCCUCUAUCAUUGCUUAUUCUAGACUAUUCCACAUGUAUACGAGCUGUUUUAUCAGUGUAAAUUUUCUGAGGUUGAAUAAGAGUGAAAAUAAGAAAAUUCAAAUACUCUUUCAUAAUUUAGUCUACUGAUCCAUGGCUGUAAUAAUUCUGGGAAAGAUUUUAGAUCAGACUAUAAAAUUGAAGUCAUCUUUGAAGUGUUUGCAGAGUGGCUUCUUCCUAUUAAAGCCAAACAUGAUUGAUAGGAAGCGUGGGGUAACCAAUGCUGUUUUAGCAACCAAUGUUCCUCAUUUCUUCUUCCUUCCUAUCUUCCUUCCUUCCCUCCCUCUUUCCCUCCCUUCCUCCCUCCUUCCUUCCUUCCUUCCAUCCCUCCCUUUCCCCCUUCCUUUCUUUUUAAAAAGAAUUUCAUAUAAAAUAUGGCAGGUAAGAAACAAUGUUUAAUUGGUACUUUUUAUGGUGUGACUUGAAAAAAAAUGGUGCCUAUUCUGUUGGCUGAGAUGAACAGUGGUGUGCCCAGAGGUGGCUGCUGGGAAAAUGUCUUUUCUUUUGUGCGUUUAUAAAUCGUGGCUGGCAGUGAGAAGAUUAACUAAGUCUCAGUUUCUCUACCUCCCUUCCCUGGAGAAUAUUUGGGAAUGUACCCUGUUAAUAAAAUGGGCUUUUUUUUUCAAA